GAGCACUGCAGUCAGAAGCAUUUGCUUGGAGAUGCUUCCAGGGCACAGCAGCUGUGAAGAAGGAAGUCCAGUUACAGAAAAGAGUCAUUUCACCUGGCUACUGAGGACUCUGUUAUCAACGUCAAACUGCCUCAGGGCACGGCCCCUGCCAACUGUACCAACCAUUAGGUCACUGGAAGACCCUCAUCAACAAGCCAGCCCAGUCUCCCAAGGAGAGAGCAGGAUUCCACAUCUUCAUCGUCAUGAACUGGCACAUGAUCAUCUCUAUGCUUAUUGUGGUGGUACUUAAAGUGAUUGGAAUGACCUUAUUCCUGCUGCACUUCUCACAGAUUUUCGGGAGCAGUGAUAGCCUCGUUCCUACAAGAAGCUAUGGAACAGGGCGCACACCCCACACUACUCGUUCACCAAGCGUCUCUCCGGCUUGCCCCAAAGACUGGGACUUUAAUCUAGGAAGGUGUUUUUUCUUAUCCAUCACGGAAUCACCUUGGAACGUAGGCAAGGAUGACUGCAUAUCAAAAGACUCCACUUUGGCGAUUGCUAACACACCCGAGAAACUGACAUUCCUUCAGGAGAUAGCUGGUGUUGAGAAGUAUUUUAUUGGCUUAAUAUAUGAGGCAGAGAAAAGAUGGCAUUGGAUUGACAACUCUGAGUUCAAGGGCAAUGUGACCAACCAGAACCAGAACUUCAACUGUGCCACCAUAGGCCUGACAAAGGCGUUUGAUGCUGCAUCCUGUGACAUCAGCUACCGCUGGAUCUGUGAGAAGACGCCCUAAGAAUCACAGUUGUGCAAAAAGAAAACAAAAAAUAGAUAUAAUAAAGAGAAAAGUUACCAUUA